AUGAACGUCAACGGGCGCUGCGUGGCCCGGGCGGCCGAGCUGUUUGGGCUGACUGCUGAGGAGGUCUACCUGGUGCACGAUGAACUGGACAAGCCCCUGGGGAAACUGGCUCUGAAGCUUGGGGGAAGCUCCAGGGGCCACAACGGAGUCCGUUCCUGCAUUGCAUGUCUCAACUCCAGUGCAAUGCCAAGGCUGCGGGUGGGCAUCCGGCGCCCGUCACACCCUGACAUGGUGCAGGCCCACGUGCUGGGCUGUUUCUCCGCUGCUGAACAGGAGCUGCUGCCUCCAUUGCUGGAGCGAGCUGCCGACCUGCUCCUGGACCACAUCCGUGAGCGAAGCCAGGGUCCCCCUUCAGGCUUUGCCGUCACUGGACAUGAGCCUGCCUGACCACCGUGCCCACACCCCCAAGCACGUUCACAGAGGUGCCAUGCCAACUUUGUGGUAUCCACUUUUUAUAGAACUCUUCUCUGG